AUGUCCCUCCAAGCUCACAACGACAAGCUUAUCCAUAACCCCGCGUCACCAACGCCAACACCAACGAUGCAACCUACAUCCUCUACACCUUCCAAGUCAAAUAACGGCUGGCUCCGUAGUGUCCUAGCAUCCAUCGGGAACCUCUUCCAGGGUCCGAAUUCCCACUUCGAGUCGGAGUCGGAGUCCGAUGCUGUCUCGGGUUGGGUUGGGAUGAGGAGGGGUGGGAGAUGUCGGUCUGUUGGGGAGGCUCAUUGA